AUGGAAAACAGUAACAAGAGACCAUUAGAAGAUGGCUGUGAAUAUUCGCACGCAGAAACAAAGAAACCUAAAGCGUCUGAGGUCACAACAACGAUAUCAAGUCCUAAAUCCUCUAAGGAAAUUGUUGGUUUCCAAGAUUUAUCCGAUGAUGUUAUCAUGUAUUUAUUUAAAUAUCUAUCACAUGAUAAUCUUGCCAAAAUGGCACUGAUAUGCCCUAACUUGUUAAGAGUUAGUCAUGAUUGGACUCUAUGGAAAAAACCAAGAUUCGAAAACUAUGAAAAAUCGAUGGAAGAUGUAUACUUGAGUUAUUUAAAAGAGGAUACCACUGAAUUGUAUAUAUCGUGUAAUGAUGUUCCAAGCUCUGAUAAUUCAGUUUCUCACAAAUUUUUAAUACAAUUAGAAACAAAAUGCCCAGAAUUACUCCAUUUAACAUUAACAAAUCAAGUAUUUGAUGCCGGUGAAAUAAGUGUAAAGAUUUUGCAUCGAAAACUAAAAACGCUGACCAUUGAUAAUACAACUAUUGAAAACAUUCCAGACAGCUCUUCUUAUUUAUGUGGUAUAAACAAUGCUUGCCCAGAUCUAGAGCGUAUUAUAAUGACAAACAAUGAUUGGUUUUUGCCUAAUUGUUUGUAUGCAUUGGCCAAGCUGGAACGUUUACACUACUUAAGUCUCGCAGGUUGCAAACAGUUUAAGGACUGUAUUCCAUAUGCAAGUAUUACUGCUAUCACUGGAUUCAAAUCUUUACAGACACUUGAUUUGCGUUUUACUCCAGUAAGUGAUCAUGAACUUGUUUGCUUUCAAAGAUUAACCACUUUGAAAAAUGUUCUUUUGGAAAGCCCUGAAUAUAUGAACCACGAGAGAGAUGCAACAAUUACUGAUUUGGGUUUGGCAGGAUUCUGUACUGCUACCUUUGAAUUCCACUAUCCAUACAUACAAAUUUUGAUUGAUAGACGUGGUGGAGUGAACUUAAGAAGAGUUCAUGAAAGGAAUGAUAAUGUUGAUAGAUGCAGUAUCGAAACCUUAUAUGUCCGCAACUAUCCAAAAGUAACCGAUGCAUUUUUGAAAACUGCUGUCAGAACUUGUCCAUACCUGAAAUCGUUAGACAUUACUGGAUCAUGUUGCACUUCAGCAGAAAUUGAAUAUUAUAAAGCAAAUAGACCUAGUACAAAGGUAAUAUGUUAA